AUGACCACAAGAGAAGUUAAAUUGAAAAUAAAUGUGGAGGGAAUACUAAACGAGUGCAAAUCCAUCAAUGGGACAGACAAUAUAGAUUUUUACAUUACAGCUGGCACGAAGCCAAGAUAUUCUAUUAUGCUAGAGCGUAUAUUUAAUGGGAAUCUGGAAAUAGAAGGCAAACACAGCGAUAAAGAAAACGAAAUGCUUUUAAACAUAGUUAAGAAUAGAUUCUACCAGUCUCUUGUCGACAAUAAUCAUCAAGCGCUAGGGAUGCACUAUCUAUACGACGCACUGAAGGGGAGGCACGAUAGAUCAAUUGCUCACGAAGCUAUCUCUCUGGCCAAUGACCUUAUAAAGAUAAAUCCGUUCAUAUACAAUCCAAAGUAUGGAGUAACCAGAAAGUAUGGUACAGAUGGACCGAUAAAAAGCAUAGAUCCAGACGAUGAAAGUGCUGAUUUAAGCGCUAGGACAUGCACUCUAGAGAUUGAUGAUGCAGACUUCCUGAACUUGAAAAGCUUGAUGAGGCUUACCUCAGAGAGCCUGAACAGACAGAAUCUAGACUAUAUCGCUGUUUUGGUGGGCUCAGUAGACAUGGAUGUUCUGAAGAAGUAUUCAUCUAUAAAGUCGUACUACACUUUGGAAGAGCUAUACGACCUAGGCAAAGAUGGUAUGCCGCUAGCAGACUAUGGGCUCAACCUUAUUUACGAAAAAUAUUACAGAAUUGAAGAGUUGAUUGGUCUGCUGAAAGACAUGGAGAAUAAAUAUAGCGAACCUAAGGACAUAACUGCAAAGGUUGAUGAGAUAUUUGCGCACAAAAAAGACGACCUAAAAAUAAUCAUUUCAGUUGCCAGUAGUCUGAAAAAAAUUAAAUAUGAGAAAGAGUUGCUCAACUACAUGAUCCAGACACUGGAGUAUCUAGUAAAUAACAACUUGCUGUGGAAAGAGGCAGAUGAGCAAAACACACUGCAGAUAAAACCCGACUUAAGUAACUUCUACAAAAACUGUGUAAUUGGUACAGGUUUAGAUAGGAUAGUAAGUGAUAGGUUGCACAGAUUAGAUGCAGAGAUAAAAAUACAGGAAGAUGCCCUAGAGAAAGAGGAACUAAACUACAGUCUAAUAGAAGAUGGUGGAGAGAAGGAAGAAGCGAUUACUUCGAUGGAUAAGCUAAAAGAGAAGAUAUAUUCUCUAAAAUGCGAGCACAAAAAAGAAAAAAUACAGUGUAGCAUCAUUGAGAAGCUCCUGCAUAGCUUAAGAUGCUUAUACCAGCUGAGCCCACAGCAGGAGAAAUACAUGCUCAAAAAGAUAGAAGAGUUUGUAAAAGCACGGAAAUUGAAGAUGGAGGUAGAAGAGCCAGAAGAAGAAAAAGAAGUAGCAGAGGCAGCAGGAGUAUCUGAAGAAGUAGAAGAGAUAUCUGAGAGGCAUCAAGUGCUACAAAUGGAUAAAGCUAACAAAAGAAAUUCUAAAAAAGGCAUAGUAUUAGCUGCUGUGGCAGCUUGUACUACUUUCGUGACAACAAUGCCACUCGUUAGAAAAAACUCAAAUAACUAG